GUUUCCUGAGAGAGUAGCAGAAAAAAACUGAGAGAACUUUCAAGAACUCCUUCCUUCAACCCACUCAACUAUCCUCGACACUUCAGCCUCAAACUGAAGUCUUAUAAUUUUCCAGUCUUCAGCAAACUCAAAUCUGAAAGUUCUUUAAUCCCCUCAUAUUUUUCUGUCUGCCUUUCUUGUCUUGUAGAAUGAGAUCAGAAGGAAAUCCUUUAGACCUCAACAACUUACCUGAAGAUUACUUUAAAGAUGGCAAACAGGUCCUUGAGGACAGCUCUUCAUCUUCUGCGUACAGGAAAAACAAAAGCAGUACUAUGGAUGAAAAGGAAGAGCGUGGGAAGGUCUAUGAGUGUAGGUUUUGUUCUAUGAAGUUCUGCAAGUCUCAAGCUCUUGGGGGACACAUGAACCGCCACCGCCAAGAGAGGGAGACAGAAACACUGAACUAGGCUCUUCAUUUGGUCUUCACUAGUGAUUUAGAACCAGGAGCUCAUGACCUAGGGUAUGUUUCCAGUGGCCAACCAAUUCCACAUGGAAACGUCAUGGUUGAUCCAACAAUGUCAUUCAGAUCAAUCUACCCAACAAGAAUGGUUCCUGGUUCCUCACCCCUUUUUCCACCACCUCCACAAAGAAUGCCACCAUCUCCACCACCCGGGCUCCCGCUGCUUCCACCCCAGCCUUACUUGAACACUUCUUUGCAGAUAGGCUCCUUCCCUGCACAAUGUCCCGGCCAGUUGGUGAAUGACUACUUUGUUUCUGGCCAUGUCCUCCACGGAAACUCACGGUAUUCACACUCUAACUCUGGCUAUUCUUCAGCACCACAUGAUCCUAAUUUCACCUGCCUAAGUGCACAAGUUGGACGUGGAUUUCCAAAUGGUAAUGCGAGCUGCAGCCAAGGACAAGAUGGAGUUGAUGAUGUUAGUGACAUGUCUCUGCACAAUCUGGAGGAAGGAUUUAAUUGGGGCCGAAGAUAGAAAAUGACAAUAUAGCAAGAUUUUGUAUCUUUUAUUGAUAAAUCAGUUUCAAGAUCGACAAAUGAUUUUUUAUUUUUAUUUUUUUU